GAAAGGGGGCUGAGCGAAUGGCAGUUACACAUCUUUUAGUGUGGACCAGGAGUUGCUGAAAAAUCUCUUUAGAAAUGGACACCCUCUACAGCUCUUUGCUUGUAGCAGAUGGGACUGGCGAGGGGAAGACGAUCCUGGAAUCUAACCGCGGGGCUCUCUAUUCCCCCCUGAAGCAUCAGCAGACAUUUUUGAAUCAGCUGAGGGAGAUCACUGGUAUCAAUGACAUCCAGGUACUACAGCAGGCACUGAAGGAUAGCAAUGGUAAUUUGGAGUUGGCUGUGGCUUUCCUCACUGCAAAGAAUGCCAAGGUACCCCAGCAAGAGGAGGCAAGCUACUAUCAGACAGCACUUCCUGGAAAUGACAGAUAUAUCAGUGUGGGCAGCCAGGCAGAUACAAAUGUGAUUGAUCUCACUGGAGAUGAUAAAGAUGAUCUUCAGAGGGCAAUUGCCUUGAGUUUGGAGGAAUCAAACAGGGCAUUCAGGGAGACUGGAAUAACAGAUGAGGAACAAGCCAUUAGCAGAGUUUUAGAAGCCAGUAUUGCAGAAAAUAAAGCAAGUUUAAAGAGGACGCAUCCAGAAAUAUGGAGUGACUCUCCAAACCCUUAUGAUCGGAAGCGACAAGACAACUGUCCAGUGGGAUUGAAGAACGUGGGAAAUACGUGCUGGUUUAGUGCUGUCAUUCAGUCAUUAUUUAACCUACUGGAGUUUCGAAGGCUAGUUUUGAAUUUCAAUCCUCCUGCGAAUGCUCAAGACUUGCCCCGAAACCAAAAGGAACAUAGGAAUUUGCCUUUCAUGCGUGAAUUGAGGUACCUGUUUGCACUUCUGGUUGGUUCAAAAAGAAAAUAUGUCGACCCAUCUAGGGCGGUUGAAAUUCUUAAAGAUGCUUUUAAAUCAAAUGAUUCUCAACAGCAAGAUGUUAGUGAAUUUACACACAAAUUACUAGAUUGGUUGGAAGAUGCCUUCCAAAUCAAAGCUGAAGAAGAGAGGGAUGGAGAGAAACCAAAGAACCCAAUGGUGGAGUUAUUUUAUGGACGAUUUCUAGCAGUUGGUGUACUUGAAGGUAAAAAAUUUGAAAACACGGAAAUGUUUGGCCAGUAUCCACUACAGGUUAAUGGCUUUAAAGAUCUGCAUGAGUGCCUAGAAGCUGCAAUGAUUGAAGGAGAAAUUGAAUCUCUCCAUUCAGAAAACUCUGCAAAGUCUGGUCAGGAGCACUGGUUCACUGAGCUUCCUCCUGUCUUAACUUUUGAGCUGUCAAGAUUUGAAUUUAAUCAGGCUUUGGGGAGACCAGAGAAGAUACACAACAAAUUAGAAUUUCCUCCAAUUUUGUAUCUGGACAGAUAUAUGCACAAAAACAGAGAAUUAACAAGAAUUAAACGGGAUGAAAUCAAGAGACUCAAAGAGUAUCUCACGGUUUUACAGCAGAGAUUAGAACGAUAUUUAAGCUAUGGUUCUGGUCCUAAACGAUUCCCCUUGGUAGAUGUCCUGCAGUACGCCUUGGAGUUUGCCUCCAGCAAGCCGGUGUGCACAUCUCCAGUGGAUGACCUGGGUGCUAGUGCCCCCUCCAGUGGGACGCUGCCUGCCCAGACCUCACCCAGCGCAGUAGAGCAGCAGGGGCCUUCUUCUUCAGAUGUUCCAAGCACAUCACCUGUACAAAGAUCUGUAAUACAUAAACCAUUCACACAAUCACGAAUUCCUCCUGAUCUGCCAAUGCAUCCAGCACCCAGGCACAUCACUGAAGAAGAGCUUUCUGUCUUAGAAGGCUGCCUGCAUCGCUGGAGGACGGAAGUAGAAAACGACACUAGAGAUUUACAAGAAAGUAUAUCUAGAAUACAUCGAACAAUUGAAUUGAUGUACUUUGACAAAACAAUGAUCCAAGUUCCUUAUAGAUUGCAUGCUGUGUUGGUUCAUGAAGGUCAAGCCAAUGCAGGACAUUACUGGGCAUAUAUUUAUGACCACCAUCAGAACAGAUGGAUGAAGUACAAUGACAUUUCUGUGACAAAGUCAACUUGGGAAGAGUUGGAACGGGACUCUUUUGGUGGUUACAGGAAUGCCAGUGCAUACUGUUUGAUGUAUAUCAAUGAUAAGGAACAGUACUUGAUAGAAGAGGAAUUUAACAAAGAAACGGGGCAGGUACUUGUAGGAAUGGACACACUACCUUCUGAUCUAAGGGAUUAUGUUAAGGAAGACAAUAAACGUUUUGAAAAAGAACUUGAAGAAUGGGAUGCAGAACUUGCUCAGAAAGCACAGCAGGAAAAAUUGCUAUCUCAGAUUCCCAGAGCUCCAGCACCCUCACCUGCUCCAGUUCAAGCAGGAGAACCAGAAUAUUUAGAACAGCCAUCAAGAACUGAUCUUUCAAAGCACUUAAAAGAAGAUUCUGUACAAGCGAUCAAUAAAGCUUUAGCUGAACAAGAAGAUAGAAGUCCAGAAGCUAUAAUGGAUACGAGCUCUCAUAAUGCCUCAGCUCAACCAGCUCCUAACCAGCGAGUUGUAGAGGUGGCGAUUCCUGAUGUAGGGACUUUUGUGAUUGAGUCAGAGGAGGGGGGUUAUGACGAUGAGGUCAUGCUGACCCCGAACAUGCAAGGUAUUAUCAUGGCUAUAGGUAAAGCCAGGAAUGUUUAUGACAGGUGUGGGCCAGAAGCAGGGUUCUUUAAGGCAAUUAAGUUGGAAUAUACGCGUCUGCUAAAAUUAGCCCAGGAAGAUCCACCACCUGAAUGUGAUUACCGUUUGCGUCAUGCAAUAGUUUACUUCAUCCAAAACCAGGCACCAAAGAAGAUAAUUGAGAGAACGUUACUGGAACAGUUUGGAGAUCACAAUCUUAGCUUUGAUGAAAGGUGCCGUAACAUAAUGAAGGUUGCUCAAGCUAAGCUUGAAAUGAUAAAGCCGGAUGAAGUAAACAUGGAGGAAUAUGAGAGAUGGCAUCAAGACUAUAGAAAUUUCAGGGAAACAACCAUGUUUCUCAUGGUAGGAUUGGAGUUUUUCCAAAAAAAGAGCUAUAUGGAAGCCUUGCUCUACCUUAUCUAUGCUUACCAGAAUAACAAAGAACUCUUGUCCAAAGGCCCAUACAGAGGGCAUGAUGAAGAGCUGAUAUCUCACUACAGACGAGAAUGUUUGCUAAAACUAAAUGAACAUGCUGCAGCACUGUUUGAAUCAGGAGAUGAUCAGGAAGUAAAUAAUGGCCUGAUCAUUAUGAAUGAGCUUAUUGUCCCAUGUUUGCCAUUACUACUGGUGGAUGAAAUGGAAGAGAAAGAUAUUGUUGCUGUGGAAGAUAUGAGAAAUCGUUGGUGUUCCUAUCUUGGACAAGAAAUGGAACCUAACUUGCAAGAAAAGCUGACAGAUUUCCUGCCAAAACUACUAGAUUGUUCUACAGAGAUUAAAGGUUUCAAUGACCCGCCAAAGUUACCCUCCUACUCCACACAUGAACUGUGUGAAAGAUAUGCCCGAAUCAUGUUGUCACUCAGUCGAACUCCAGCUGAUGGAAGAUAAAUUCUGCAACCUUCCUGAGCACAUUGUAUAAACUUUUUUAGUUCUUAAACCUUGCCUUCCUGUCACAGGGUUUGCUUGUUGCUGCUAUAGUUUUUAACUUUUUUUAUUUUAAUAACUGCAAAAGAGAAAUGACUGUACAAAUUUUAGCCAGACUGCAAACAAUUAAAGCUGGGAAUCGCAUGGCGCUCAGUUGUUUCAACCAGAAUUGAUGCAACUUGCAAGUCUGAUAACUAUGGCAAAACUGCUUUUUUGCCACUUCUCUGUUACAGUAUUACUUUGCUUUUAUCUUAAGAUCCUUUACUUUAUCAACAGCUGUCUGGAUCAUUUUGUGACUGCAACUAAAUUUAAGUGUCCAGUGCUGUGUAAAUACAUGGUACUUGGUAGCUUGUAAAUGAAAUGAAAGAAUAAAGUUUUAUUUAUGGCUA